AUGUACAGCGAUAUCGCCACAGCACGCAGCAUGCUGCCGCAUCGGACCAACUUUGUGCCGCAGUUCCAUGCGCACGGGUUCAUGCUCAUCCCGGAGACCCUGCUGUCGCCACUGACAGCACUCCAGCAGCAGCAGCUCCAGCUUGCCGGCGGCGCCGAGGAUGCGGAAGACACCGACGCAGUUGCCUUACAGCAGCGGCGGCGGCGGCGGCAGGGCGGCAGCGCUGAGGGCCAGGCGGCGCUGUAUGCCGACAGCGUGAAGCGCAAGCGGAAGCUGAAGAUGAAGAAGCACAAGUACAAGAAGCGCAUGAGGGCGCUGGCUGCCAGCAAGCAGGGCAAGUAG